CGGUCUCUUUACUCCACUGCUUCUUGUUUAUAUCUUCCUCUUCUGCACGCCUAUCCAUGUCUGUCUUCGAGUAAAUUAAUGUUCGCUUUUCUUUUCGUUCUCUUAUAGAUCCAAUAAGGACUGCGAUUAUGUUCUGAAUAAUCCAGGUAAAAUUCACAAAAUUCACAAAUAUAAUCUUCGUCACGCGUUGUUGAUUGCUGCAGACAAUUAUACUCUUUGCCUUCGAUAUUCUCAUAUUACUUCAAUUUUCCUUCCUCUCCCUCUCCGUCUCUCAGUCUUUCUCUCAAGGACUUAAUGAUCGCUGCCUUUCACAUCACAACUUUCUGCUUAAGUUUGUUUAUCCCCUGUCGACGCGAGUACGUAUGUUAUGCAUACGUUAGAUCGUAUAUUUCGUGAAUCUUGAGUUUCCUGGUUGUUGUUUAAUUGUUUAACUUAUCAUCUAUCUUUUGAUUCGUUAUUCUUCUUUCUCGAAGUGGAAAUCGUGUAAUUGGUGAAAUAAGAGGUAAUCUGCUUAAUAUUUUGUUCAAGACCACAGUAAAAGGAACAUGAAUUGAGAUGUCUUUUUAUGGCAGUCCAGCUCGGUUUCAUGCAUUCUCGUUUCAGAAGUAAUUUUCGCUUUUUUUGUUGUUUGGAAACAUAAUCUGGCAUCUGUAUUAGAUCCAAAGAACAAGAAAAGUGAUUCGAGAAUUGCCGUAGAAGGGCAGGUUCUCGCACAGUGUUAGGUUUGGAUGGUUCUUUGAUCUCAUAACCCUGGUCAGAUGGCAUCCAAAUAAUUAUAGAUCUAUUUUUUCAAUUACCUUUGUAUACAAUAUUUGGAUGUCUUUGUAUGAUUAUAUGUUCGUAGUGAUCAUGCAAGUUUUCUUGACUCCAUUGCUUAAAUGCAUUUGAUCAGAUUAGUGGCUUUCUUCACAGUCAGCUCAACCAUCAGCUUAUGGAAUCAUGCAGUUUGUGCUCUUCAAUUCACUUUAAGUACAGUAUAUAUUUUGCUGUAGCUAAAAGUUGAGACUGUAAAUGUUGCCUGUAUGUAGAUGUACAUCGUUGUAUAUUUGAGAAUAAUGAUAUUUUGAUCGUCAAUUGUAUUACGAGGAGUGAGUCUGAUAACUGGUAGAACCUUUGUGCAUCCUACUUAUCAAAUAGCCAGGCAUUUCAUGAAUUAGACAAGAUCUUCAAAGUAGUGUUUAGAGAAAUUACAUAAUGCACUAAAUUCAUUUAACCAAUCAGAUAAUGCUUUCACGUGAUUUUUCGGGUUCUUGAGAAUUUGUUAUUGCGGAAAGCAGGUCCUCCAAGUUAGUUCGCAGUACUAUCUAGACAUUUUGGGAACUUGCUGCACAAAUUGUAAGCCUCAUUGACAAAUCUUUUAGUUAGACAUGAUGCUGUGACCAUGGGGAUGGUAGCUAAUGUGGGAAAAGCAACCUGGACAGCCGUAAGAUCGGUUGUGAAUACAGAACCAAGAGAGAUAGCAAUACCAUAAUUUUCUCGUGGAUAUUUCUAAAUAAAAAUGAGUGGUUUCAGAAACACCUCCAUUGUUGUUGCUACAUUAGAUACUGGUGAAGUAUAUAUAAUUGCUACUUUGUCGUCUAGGACGGACACUCAGGUGGUGUACGUUGAUCCAACAAGCGGAGCACUUUGCUAUCAUGGAAAGCCUGGUUUUGAUGUUUUCAGAUCUGAAAAUGAAGCCUUUGAUUACAUUACAAAUGGAUCACGAUGGGUGUGCAAGAGUACAGCGUCUGCUAAGGCAAUACUGGGUUAUGCUGCCUUGGGAAGCUUUGGGUUGCUCCUUCUUGCAACAAAGUUAACUGCUAGUAUACCAAAUUUACCUGGUGGAGGGUGUGUAUGUACAGUGACAGAGAGCCAGUGGAUCAAAAUACCACUUCAAAAUCCUCAGCCCCAAAGUAAAGGACAAGUAAAGAAUGUUCAGGAAUUAACAGAGAUCGACAUUGAUGGGAAGCACUACUUCUGCGAGACAAGAGACAUCACUCGACCUUUUCCGAGUCGCAUGCCCUUGCAAAAUCCCGAUGAAGAGUUUGUUUGGAAUCGAUGGUUAUCCAUGCCUUUUGAAAACAUUGGACUACAGCAACACUGUGUCACUCUUCUGCAGGGGUUUGCAGAAUGUCGAAGUUUUGGAAGCUCAGGUCAGUUAGAGGGAAUUGUUGCUCUCACAGCCCGUCGUAGCAGGCUCCAUCCUGGUACUCGAUACUUGGCUAGGGGAUUGAAUUCAUGUUUUAGCACAGGGAAUGAAGUAGAGUGUGAACAGCUUGUAUGGAUUCCUAAAAGUGCUGGUCAGAGUGUUCCUUUCAACACCUACAUUUGGCGGCGUGGCACAAUUCCAAUAUGGUGGGGUGCAGAACUGAAAAUCAUGGCUGCAGAAGCAGAAAUUUAUGUUGCAGAUCGUGAUCCAUAUAAAGGAAGCGUAGAGUACUAUCAGAGAUUAAAUAAGCGAUAUGAUGCUCGAAAUUUAGAUGUAGGCAUUGCAGAAAAUCAGAAGAAAAAGACUUUUGUUCCAAUUGUGUGCAUCAACUUACUUAGAAAUGGUGAAGGAAAAUCAGAAUCCAUUUUAGUUCAGCAUUUUGAGGAAUCAUUGAACUAUAUCAGGUCGACUAGAAAACUGCAAAAUACUCGAGUUCAUUUAAUAAAUUAUGACUGGCAUGCCAGUACGAAAUUAAAAGGCGAACAGCAAACAAUUGAAGGAUUGUGGAGACUUUUGAAGGCCCCUACUUUAGCAAUAGGCAUUUCUGAAGGGGACUAUUUACCUUCACGACAACGACUUAAGGACUGCAAAGGGGAGGUCAUAUAUAAUGAUCAUAUAGAGGGUGCCUUUUGCUUGAGAUCACAUCAAAAUGGAGUAAUACGUUUCAACUGUGCCGAUUCUUUGGAUCGAACCAAUGCUGCUAGUUACUUUGGCUCCCUUCAAGUCUUUGUGGAGCAAUGCAGGCGGCUAGGGAUAUCACUUGAUAGUGAUUUUGGAUAUGGUUAUCAAUCCAUUACUAACUAUGGUGGAUAUACUGCUCCCUUGCCACCAGGCUGGGAGAAAAGAUCUGAUACAGUGACAGGCAAAACAUAUUAUAUUGAUCACAACACAAAGACAACAACAUGGGUGCAUCCAUGUCCAGAUAAGCCCUGGAAGAGAUUUGAUAUGUCAUUUGAAGAGUUCAAAAGAUCAACAAUUUUGUCACCUGUAUGUCAGUUAGCAGAUCUUUUUCUGCUUGCAGGUGAUAUCCAUGCAACUCUUUAUACUGGGUCUAAAGCUAUGCACAGCCAAAUUCUUAACAUAUUUAAAGAAGAGAGAGGAAAGUUCAAGCAGUUCCAAAAUGUGACAAUCACUGUUCAAAGAAGAUACCAAAACGUAGUGUUUGACAGUUCGCGGCAAAAGCAGUUGCAGAUGUUUCUUGGAAUGAGGCUUUUCAAGCAUCUUCCGUCAAUUUCUGCUCAUCCCCUUCAUGUGCCUUCACAACCAUCGGGCUUCUUACUUAAGCCUGUGCCUAGCAUGUUUCCAAGCUAUAUUUGGAACAGAUCCAUAAAUGUUCAACUUGGAGAGACUGGUGCUUCUAUACCUCAGUGUGCAAAUGGGACAAAUCUUUUGAUACCUUUAGCAGGGGCAAUUAGCGCAGAGGAUCUUGCUGUUACUGGAGCUGGUGCACGUCUUCAUGAUCAAGAUACAUCAGCUCUUUCAUUGUUGUAUGAUUUUGAAGAACUAGAGGGAGACUUAGACUUCCUCACACGUGUGGUGGCAAUCACAUUCUAUCCUGCCAUUUCCGGAAGAAGCCCAAUGACGCUUGGUGAGGUAGAGGUACUUGGAGUUUCUCUUCCUUGGAAGCGAGUAUUUACUAAUGAAGGCUCUGGUGCAAGAUUAACUGAACGUGCCAAAGGUUCAAAACGAGAAACCAAGUCUUCCUCAUCUGGUUCAGACAUCAAUCCGUUUAUUGCUGCCUCGUUUUUGAAUGAAACUGGGUCAUCAUCAGUGCAACAAAGGGCUUCCACCAAUAACUUGGUUGAUCUUUUGACCGGGGAAAACAUCCAUUCUGAAUCGGUUCCUCAACCAAUAGAGGCCAGUGUUCCAUAUGAUGGUGGUGACCCGCUUGAUUUCUUGGACCAAGCUGUUGUUCAAUAUCAUAAUGCUGAAACUGAUCAUAGAUCCUUUUCACCACAAGAUGGAAAGCAUACAGAUAGCAGUUCCCAGCAGUAUACAAACUGUCUAAAGUACCUCACUGGCUCACAUACGAUUUGUAAACAGUGUUGCCAUGAGACUGUACUUGAUGCGUUGAUGGUGGACUAUAUCAGGGUCUUGAUUAGUUUGCGGAGAAGUAUGCGUGCUGAAAAUGCUGCACAUAAAGCUCUCUACCAGCUUAUGGAUACUCCCUUGGGGGAUAGCAUUCCUGAAAGGAAUCAAUGUUUGGACGGGCAAUGUGUGGCUAAUGUCAUACAGCAGCAAGUACUUCAUGGAGAGGAAUCACUUGCUGAAUUUCCAUUUGGAAGCUUCUUGCAUUCGGUUGAAACAGCACCAGAUUCAGCACCAUUCUUGUCAUUGCUUGCUCCACUGGAUUUUGGACCACGACACUCAUAUUGGAAAGCACCUUCUUGCACCAACUCUGCCGACCUUGCUAUUGUUCUUGGUAACCUUUCAGACGUCAGUGGUGUCAUCUUGCUUGUCAGUCCAUGUGGUUAUUCUGAGACUGAUGCUCCUACAGUAAGUCCCAUCUUCCCCAAUAUUUUUUGCCAUAAUUGUUUUCUAUCAAUUGCUCCUAAUGCAUAUUCCUUUUGCCUUUUCAUUUCACUUUGUGUUGCAUGUACUUCAAUGUCUAAUUGCUACAGCUGUAAUGAAAGUCUUGUCCAAGUGUGUGAUUUCAAUCUCCUUGAACUGAUACCUUUGCAGGAAACGCAUAAAAUGGUGACAAUUGCAGAAUACCGAUUGCCGGAGGCCAAGCCCGGUACUCCAAUGUACUUCGACUUCCCUAGAGAGAUACAAACGCGUAGGAUUUUAUUUAGACUGCUCGGGGAUGUGGCCGCAUUUGCUGAUGACCCAGCAGAACAGGAUGACUCAGGUUUCAGAGCUGGUCCAUUGGCAACAGGAUUGUCUCUGUCAAACAGGAUUAAGUUGUACUAUCUUGCCGAGCCUCAUGAGUUGGGAAAAUGGGCUAGCCUCUCAGCUGUGUGAAUUUACACUUCUCCAAUUGAUUUUGGUUUGCCAAUAUUUUUUGUCUUACCAUUUUGCUUUUUUUUUUUUUUUUUUUUUACUUUGUAUAAUAUUGUAAUGUAACAAUAUUAUUUAAAAUUUAUUCGUGUAGCCACAUCGACCUUUGUAGGACAGGAGCAGGCCAUCAACUACUUCAUAUCGAUUUUGGGAAGGUAACUGUGAGAUGUAAAUUUUUGUUUUACUUUAUAGACAAAUGAAUGUGAAGAGCCUGCAUUUAUGUUUGAAAUUA